CAUGACAGUUUGACCUGAAGCGAUGCCAUCCACAGCGGGAACACACGGGCUUGAGUCACCUUCAAGUUGGCGGCAUGAAGUCGGCCACGGCACUAUGUCGCGUGCAGCCUGCUAUAAAGACAGGAAUGGUACCGCAAACUUGCUCGGACUGCCCUUGGUCUCGACCGUGAAGCUCGCUACCCCCAUUGAACGACAGCACUAUCUAGCUGCACUACCAACUGAAUUAUCCUUGGGCCACUACUACUCUCUCAACUUGUGCGUCAGAUCCUCGUAAAGACGGUACGAAGUGCAGAAUGCAUCCACUAGAGAACGAGCCGUCAUGGACCACCAUCACUCGUGACGGAAACACCCUUUACACCAGACCUCUGUUAGCGUCAGAGCUGGUGUCUGAUCAAUUCGGUCGGUGGGCAGACGGGAUUGUUGACAUGGCCUAUGGUCUUAGGCUUCGUACCUCGCUUCCAUUCGACGAAGUAGCGUCUAGACUCCGGUAUGCAAUUGCACACCUGAGAUUCACAAGCCCGCUUAUUGCAUCUGCCCUAGAGGAAGGUAUCCAUGAUCCGCGAUUCCGCUCCUGGGUCUACGCGCCGGUACAAUCCGCCCGGGACGCGCUAGAUUGGGCCGAGGAUGCCGUUGCCGUGCUACCCGACCGCAUGAAUGCAGAUGACCUCGUUUCAAAGGUCGUGAAGACACGAUUACCCUAUGUCCUCCCAAGCGGGCGCGAACUCAUCUUCCGCUGCUUCCUCGCCCGCUUUCCCGCCACUACGCCCGACGGCGUCGAUGGGAAGCUGAAGGAUGACGAAGUGUCCGUCGUGUUUCAUAGCCCGCAUAGCAUCUCGGACGCUCGGUCUACGCUCAAUGCGUUCUCGCUGGUGCUCGAAUGGAUGUCGAAUCCUGCUCACGAGCCUCUCGAGACGCUCGUGUGGGGCACAGAGGCAGAAAACUUGCCCAUAGGCCCUGUGACAGCGACAGGUGGGCCCCGCCCAAACUGGGACACGGAGGGCAUAGCCCUCAUGCAGAAGAUCGCGAGAGAGCAUGCGAACCCAGCGCGCGUGCUCUCCCUCACGCCCCAGCGUAUGGCACUCGGAACCCCCGCUGAAGUUGUGAAGGCCAUCGUGGUGCUGGACGAGGACCAGACGGCGCGGGUCGUCAAGGCCACAAAGGCUGCCGGUUUUACUGUGACGCAUCUCCUCGAAGCUGCGCAUAAACUUGCUAUUCUAUCGUUCAACGACACAACCGACCCUUCAGUACGCGACGCCCGUGUCAUGAACCCUAUGAUACCCAUGGCGCACCAGCGGCGCUACCAAGUACCCCCUCACGAUGGCAAAGGCCACUUCGUUUCCGCCAUCUCGUGGGUCCCGGCCUCUGUCCCCGUCGCGGACAUCCUCUCCGCGGAGCCGGACUCGCCCAAGGGCCGCCUGCUCGCAACUAUGCGCGGCUUCAAGGCUUACUACGACGAGUACCAGCGGAACCCGCAUUUACCGCACGUCUGCGCGGCUUCUACCGUGCUCGCACCGCCUGUCGAGCCCGUCGUAUCGAGCAACCCGUAUUGCGCUGUCAUCUCGAACAUAGGGCUCAUUGAAGACUGGGUGCUGGACGAGUGGUAUCGAGACGAUGCCGCGGAGGCGGAGGGUCCGGUUAUCGAGGCCAUGGGAUUUGCGGUUGGCGAGAGGCUGACCGCCCCAGUCCCGUCUUGCCACGUGUGGACAAUGCGCUCGAAGAUACAUGUGCAGCUCAUGACGAAUGAUCAGUUCGACGAACAGUAUGUGCGCUCGUUCAGAGACGAGAUCUUAAACAUACUUCUACUGAUGGGUUUAGGUUCCAGUCCGUCAGUAGUUCAGUAGAAGUCGUUCGUAUGAUUCGAUGACAGCUCAUGCAUUACCUUGCGACUGCAAGGUCUUGUCGCCGUCAAGAAGUCGAGAGACGCGUGCGCUAUCGGCCGGUGGCUCCUCCUCCCUGCUCCUGCGAGGGUCUGAAUUCGUCUAGUCUCCGUUGCUGACCAAAAAGAGUUACUCAAGGCAACCCCACCGUCUGCAUGCCUUUGCCACACAUCUAAU